GGGAGGAGGCGGAAGUGCUGUGAUUAGCGGCAACCACUCGCUUCUGCCCGGGAAGUUCCAAUCUGCAGAGCGCAGAGGACGCCGGCUUCUCCUGUUUGGGUUCGUGGGGACCUGUAUUCUGAAAGGCUUCCCACCGAGACAAGUUGCCUGCUCUUGAGUGCCCACCUGUAUUGAAACGUGCGUGACCCUCACCUUAAGAGCAUCACCUGCCAGGAGGUGCAGCACUCCACCCUACAAGUGUGCCGACCCAGGCCCGGGGGAGUGCUGCCAGGACCAACUUCCUGAAUUGAUUGGUGUAGUGGUGUGUGGCUACAAAGACUUCCCAAUAUCUGUGCUGUAGGGAUUCCUGCAGAGAGCAACACUGUGUCCUGAUAGUACCCGCUGGCGUCACUUACCUGGAGUGGUUUGAAACCCUGAGAUGUUCAGAGGGGUUUGUCUCACAGACCCAAACAGUCUGCAUCUUCGCACUUUGUGCCCUCCUGAGAAUAGGCUGAUAUGCCUAAGGUAGUCCUGAAUGGUGUGACAGUGGAUUUCCCUUUCCAGCCCUACCAAUGCCAGCAAGAGUACAUGACCAAAGUCUUGGAAUGUCUCCAGAAGAGAGUGAAUGGCAUCCUGGAGAGUCCCACAGGCACUGGGAAGACACUCUGCCUCCUCUGCACCACACUGGCCUGGCGGGAACACCUCCGAGAUGCCAUUUCUGCUCGAAAGAUUGCUGAGAGAGCACAAGAGGAGCUUUUCACUGGUCAGACCUUGUCAUCCUGGGGGAAUGCUGCUGCUACCGAUGGAGACUCCAUAGCUUGCUACAUGGACAUCCCAAAGAUCAUCUACGCUUCUAGAACUCACUCACAACUAACUCAGGUCAUCAGCGAGCUUCGGAAUACCUCCUACCGGCCCAAGGUAUGUGUGCUGGGCUCCCGGGAGCAGCUGUGUAUUCACCCUGAAGUGAAGAAGCAGGAGAGUAACCACAUGCAGAUCCACUUGUGCCGCAAAAAGGUGUCGAGUCGCUCCUGUCAUUUCUACAACAAUGUAGAAGAGAAAAGCCUGGAGCAAGAGUUGGCCAUCCCCAUCCUGGAUAUUGAAGACCUUGUCAAGAAUGGAAACAAACACAAAGUGUGCCCAUACUACCUCUCUCGGAACCUGAAGCAACAAGCUGACAUCAUCUUUAUGCCAUACAAUUACUUGUUGGAUGCCAAGAGUCGUAAGGCACACAACAUUGAUCUGAAGGGGACAGUUGUGAUCUUUGAUGAAGCUCACAAUGUGGAGAAGAUAUGUGAGGAGUCAGCCUCCUUUGACUUGACCCCCCGUGAUGUAGCCUCUGGACUGGAGGCUAUUGAUCAGGUUUUGGAGGAACAAACUCAGGUGGCCCAGCAGGGUGAGCUCUACCUGGAGUUCAAUGCAGACACUCCCAGCUCAGGGCUCAACAUGGAGCUGGAAGACAUUGCAAAGCUGAAAAUGAUCCUGCUUCACCUGGAGAGGGCUAUUGAUGCUGUUGAGCUUCCUGGAGAUGACAGCGGCGUCACCAAACCUGGGAGCUACAUCUUCGAGCUGUUUGCUGAAGCCCAAAUAACAUUUCAAACCAAAGGCUGCAUUGUGGAAUCACUGGACCAGAUAAUCCAGCACCUGGCAGGACGUACCGGUGUGUUCACCAACACGGUUGGGUUGCAGAAGCUCAUGGACAUCAUCCAGAUUGUGUUCAGUGUGGACCCCACUGAGGGCAGCCCUGGUGUUGUGGCAGGAGUGGGUGCCGCACAGUCCUACAAGGUGCACAUACACCCUGAAACCAGCCACCGGAAGGCAGCUCAGCAGUCAGAUGCCUGGAGCACCACUACAUCCAGGAAACAAGGGAAGAUACUGAGUUACUGGUGCUUCAAUCCUGGCCACAGCAUGCGUGAGCUGGUCUACCAAGGAGUUCGUACCCUUAUCCUCACCAGUGGCACCUUGGCUCCACUGUCCUCCUUCGCCUCGGAGAUGCAAAUCCCAUUCCCAGUCUGCCUGGAGAACCCACACGUCAUUGACAGGAACCAGCUCUGGGUGGGGGUUGUUCCCAGAGGCCCUGAUGGAGUCCAGCUGAGCUCUGCCUAUGACAAACGGUUUUCUGAGGAGUGCUUGUCUUCUCUGGGGAAGGCUUUGGGCAACAUUGCUCGUGUGGUACCCCAUGGGCUUCUGGUCUUCUUCCCUUCCUACCCUGUCAUGGAGAAAAGCGUGGAAUUCUGGCGGGCCCAAGACUUGGCCAAGAAGGUAGAAGCACUGAAGCCUCUGUUUGUGGAACCCAGGAGCAAAGGGAGUUUCUCAGAGGUCAUUGAUGCCUACUACCAACGAAUUGCCUCCCCUGGGUCUAGCGGGGCCACCUUCCUAGCAGUGUGCAGGGGCAAGGCCAGCGAGGGGCUCGACUUCUCAGACAUGAAUGGGCGUGGUGUGAUUGUCACGGGCCUUCCAUACCCCCCACGCAUGGACCCCCGGGUUGUCCUUAAGAUGCAGUUCUUGGAUGAGAUGAGAGGCCAGAGCAGGACCAGAGGCCAGUUUCUCUCUGGUCAGGAGUGGUACCGGCAGCAGGCAUCUAGGGCUGUGAACCAGGCCAUUGGGCGAGUCAUCCGACACCGCCAUGACUAUGGGGCUGUUUUCUUGUGUGACCACAGGUUUGCCUAUGCUGAUGCCAGGGCCCAGCUGCCCUCCUGGGUGCGCCCGUACCUCAAGGUGUAUGACAACUUUGGCCAUAUCAUCCGAGAUGUGGCCCAGUUCUUCCGUGUUGCUCAGAAAAUUAUGCCUGUGCCAGCCCUCCAGCCUGUGACCUCAAGUGGUAGUGAGGGAGAAGCUGCUGUCAGGGUGGCUACAUUGUCUAGCACCCUCUCCACCAGGAAAGCCAUGAACAUCGAUGUACAUGUGCCCAGCCUGAGGCGGAAGUCCACAGGAUUGUCAGCUGUUGGGGACACUGAGAGGACCCUGUGUGUAGAGUAUGAGCAGCAGACAGUCUCUGCCCAGCAGAGGCCCAUGGGGCUGCUGGCUGCCUUGGAGCACAGUGAACAAAAAGCUGGGGCAACUGGAGAGGAGCAGGCACAUCGUGGCUCCACCCUGUCCUUCCGGUGUGAGAAGAGGCCCUCCGUUGAGCAGAGAGGUGGGAGGAAGAAGGUCAGGCUGGUCAACCAUCAGGAGGAGCCAGCGGCUAGCACACAGGCAGACAGAGCCAAGCUGUUCAUGGCGGCUGUGAAGCAGACAUUGAGCCAAACCAACUUCAACACCUUUACCCAGACCCUGCAGCACUACAAAAGCUCUGAUGACUUUGAAGCCCUGGUGGCCUCUCUUACCUGCCUCUUUGCUGAGGACCCCAAGAAGCAUACCCUACUCAAAGGCUUCUACCAGUUUGUACGACCCCACCACAAGCAACAGUUUCAGGACAUCUGUUUCCAGCUAACAGGCCGUGGCUACCAAUCAGAAUACAGCGUGCCCUGCAGAGCGCAGGCACAGCCAGCUCUGGACUCUACCGGUGAGCAAGGAAGGAGGGAGCCCGAGCCUAAGCUGACCUUGUCUGAAGGCAUGGACAAGCAGCUGGAUCCUGGCGAGCACCUGAACCAAGGGAGGCCCCACAUGUCCAUCCAGCUGCCCUCCAGAGGAGACCCUAGCAGCUGUCCACAAGUGGGAUCUGGAAUAGAGAAACCUUGCCAGCCUGCUGUGAGUGCCUAUUUCGCUGAUGUUAGCAAGGCUGUGGGCUCUGCUGGCUGUAGCCAGCUCAUGUCAGCGCUGAGGGCAUACAAACAGGAUGAUGACUUAGACAAGGUGUUGGCUGUGCUGGCAGCACUGACCACUGCAAGAUCUGAGGACCUACCCCUGCUACAGAGAUUUGGCAUGUUUGUGCGUCCACACCACAAGCCUCGCUUCCUGCAGACCUGUGCAGACCUGAUGGGCCUGCCCACCACAGGCUGGGGCUUGGAGCCGCCAGGUCCCCAGAAGGAGAGUGUUACUAUGCCUCUUAAGCUCAUCCACAAGAACCCUCAACCAGGACCCUCGAUGUCCAAGAAACCUGAGAAGACCCAGAGUAAGAUCUUGUCCUUCCUUAGACAAAGGCCAGACCAGAGUGCAGGUUCUGAUGAUACCACCACAGGGACUGUGUGGCCCCCAGCACUACCCCAUGGGCACAUGGAGCCCGAGUGGACAGGCUUCAUGUGUUUGAACUGUGGGGCAGAGGACACAGUGCUCUUCCAGUGCCCUUCCUGUGACUUCUACUGCUGCUGGGCCUGCUGGCAAGUGCAACUCCAGGUUGGCAUAUGGCCCUUUCCACCUCCUGCUAGGCAUCACCUCUGGUGGUGGGCCAAGAGGGAUAGGGUAUAUGCUCUUAGGCUGCAGUGCCUAGCAGGUAUCUCCACAGGCCUCUAGGAUGUGUCCAGCUUGUCAUGCUGUCAACAGGAAGCAGAGCAUCACACAGGUCUUCUGGCAGGCGCCCCAGUGAGCACCAGUGGACACCCUUGGGAGCCCUGAUGUGGCCUGUUACCUUCUAUUGUGGGCCAAGACACAGGCUGACCCACUGCAGCCUUCCACACAAGUCUCCCUUGGCUCUCCAGUAGACACUAAACCUACUUGUGAGAGGCCCUGAAACCGUAAGGCAGGUCUGGGGUAGGUCUGCUAGUCUCUUCAGAGCACUGGCUGGUUUGUGAGUGGAGCCCCCAGGCCUAUGUCAGCAUUACCUAAGGGGUAGCCUUUCUAAUAAAACCAACAAUGGUC